AUGAGUAAUAAAGCUGAUUAUGGUAGUUCUUCAAUAAACAUUGAUCAAGAAAGACAUUCAAUUUCAUCACCAAGAGAUGAAGAAGAGCAAGGAUCUUCAUCACAUAAUUAUAAUGAAGAAGAACAAGAACCUGAACCUGAUGUUGAAGAGUUCAUCAAGAAAUAUGGUGAUAUAAAAGUAUCAUAUAUUGAACCAUCACCAUUAUCAAGAUGGUUUACCAAACCAUAUGCAUUAAACUAUUUCCAUAAUGGUACCUUAUUUAGAACAAGACAUGAAAGAACUUCUGGUAAAUUAGAAUUGUUUUUUGAUUUAAUUUAUGUGGGGAUUGCAACAAAUUUAUCAUCAAAUGCUCUAAAAGAACCAACAUGGUUAUCAUUUGUUAAAUAUUUGUUUUUCUUCAUACCUGCAUGGCAAAUUUGGGCUGAUAUUAAAGAUUUCAUGAAUUAUUAUUUUAAUGAUGAUUUAUUACAAAAAUGUUAUAUAUUAUGGAACUUGGCUUUAUUAUUAAUUUAUGAUAAUAAUGUUGAAUUCAUAUUUGAAUCCAGAACUGCAUUAAUAACCACAGUUACAACAUAUUUCCUUGCAAGAUUUUCAUUUGGAUUAAUGUUGGUUUUUUAUUCUUUAUAUAUUCAUGAACAUAGAAUACAAAUGAGAAUUUAUGGUACAAGUUUAUUUAUAACUAGUUCAUGUUGGUAUUUCACUUUAUUAAUUCAACAUAAUUCAACUGCUGGAUUGAUUGUUUUCUCUGCAAUUUGGUUCAUUGUGGAACAAUUAUGUUAUAUCUUAUCAGCACAUCCAUGGACCAAAAAAAAAUUAGGACUAACUUAUUCAACUGCAUUAAAUAUUGAACAUGAAGAUGAAAGAUUAAGUGCAUUCUUCAUUAUUGCAAUAGGUGAAUUCAUGACUGGUAUUGUUAAUGGAAAUCCUUUAAAAGAAGGUUGGAAUAUUAAAGUCGCUAAAGGUAUUGCCCUAUUGGUACAAGCUUUUGUAAUUUUAGAACUUUAUUCACAUAAAGAUGGAUCAAUAAAAGCUGUUCAUGCUAUGAGAAGAAGUGCAUUCACUGCCAUAGGGUUUAUAUAUAUUCAUUUCCCCUUGAUUGCUUCAUUAUUACUUGUUGGUGAUGCAGGAGCAGAUCUUGUUAAAGAACAUGAAGAAUAUCCUGAAGAGAAAGGUAUUGUUUAUUUCUAUAGUGCUUCGAUGUUUAUUGCAAUGUGUGCUUUAACUAUCCACCCAUUAUUAGAUAAACCAAAAGAUAACCCUAAGGAUCAUUUAAUUCCAAGAUUAGGUAGAAUUGGAUUAAGAAUACCAAUUGGAGGUAUUAUCUUGGGAUUAGCAUUUACACAUUGGAAGAUAAUCACAUUGUUAUGGAUAGAUACUUUGUUCCUUUUGAUCCUAUUCAUCUAUGAGCUCUUUGCAAUCAAUCCAAGAUCAUUCUAUAGAUCUGGAUAUUGCCAUGAUGUAUAA